AUGUGGCUGGCUCGUGGAUCUGAACACUUGCUCCUUGCCCGCGCCGCUGUUGGUAAUGAGGACGUCUCCACCUCGACACCUCGUCUGCUGGCGACGGAGAUAGGGCCGGUGCAGGGCGCGGGCGAGCAGGGAGCCAGCGGAGUCUGCGAGGACGAGGAGGCCCAGGGAGGGGAGGAUGCGGAGGGCCACAAGCCAGAGGAGAAUAGAGAGUGCGAGGAGGGCUGGGUGGAGGAGAGCGGGGAUCCCCGGGACGUGGCGGCGAAGCGGAGGAGGAGGGCGGCAGCCGAGAGCAGCGUGAGGGGCGGGGAAAUGAUUACUGACCAAACCUUUACCUUGGACAGAAUUGUAGAUUGCAUCCUUGGCAUGGACUGUAACAAUGAUGAUCUUGAUAAGCAGAAUGAAGCAACGGAAACUCAAAUAUUCAUUCCUCAAGACGCCCAAGGGAUUAUCCUUGCUUUUCUUCCUGGCAGGGAUGUUGUCAAGUCCCGCAGUGUGUGCAAGUUCUGGCGAGACUGUGUUGAAGAACCUAGUUUUGUGGACCGUCACCUGAAUAAUGCUUGCCGCUUCCACCAGUCCAUUGCUUGUUUCACCUCGCUUGAUCAUGGCCUAGUCCACAUGUACACAUUUGAUCCUGCCACAAUGAAUUUCAGAAGCGUGGAGCUUGUAUUCUCAAGGGAAGGAAAGCUUCGUUUGUUGUCAACACAUUCUGAUGGAUCUAACAAUAUAGUGUCAGAUAUUUGGGUGGCAGACUUGACUAGUCAAGACUGGAUCCACUUGCAGACUAUCGUUCCUCGGAUGCCUGUGGGCAUAAGCCCAUUUUUCCAGCUCAAGACUAAGAUCUUCUUUGGCAACCAGAAGAGACUUCUCUGUGUAGAUCUUCAGGAUGGUACAGUUUCAUACAUCAACAUGCCUCCUGGUGAGACUUUGAUAUCUUGUGGCAUGUUUGUGGAGAGCUUUGCACCUGCUGUGACAGGUAUGGUGAGCUCGACUGCAGCAUCGUAUGGUAUCCGUUCUUGUCUGGCUGAACCAUCUUCAGCGGACCCUGGGCCAUCUUUCCGUGGCGCAGGAUCAUCCUCUGCAAGCCAUGGGCGAUCUUCUGGUCUCACUGGAUGGUCCUCAGCUGACCUUGAGCAAUCCUUUAAGAGAACAAAGAGAACGACAAACAUGCAGUGGAAGAUAUCAAAACAUAGAGCAAGCUAG